AGGGGAGGAACCACUGCCUGGAACUUUGAUCAGGGCCAGGGUGGCUUCCGCUGACGACAGCCACUCUGGACACCCCUCUGCUCCCAGAAGACGCAGGUCGCUGUCCCCACCGACUCAGCCUUCACGAUGACACCCGCUGCUGCCUGGCUGUGCUGGGCCUCCCUCCUGCUCCUGGCCAGGUGGUCCCAGCCCUGCCCUGGGGGCUGUGACUGUUUCGUGCACAAGGUGUUCUGCGCUGAUGAAAAGCUGGCCGCCAUCCCUCCAGACAUCCCGCCGGAUGCCACAGACCUGGUCUUUGUGGAGACCGAGUUCACCGAGGUGGCGCCCCGGGCCUUCAGCGGCAGCCCCAACCUCACCAAGGUGGUCUUCCUCAACACACAGCUCCAGCGCUUCAGACCCGAUGCCUUUGCGGGGCUGCGCCGACUGCAGGACCUGGAGGUCACCGGUAGCAACUUCAGCCUCAGCGGUGACACCUUCGUCAACCUGACCUCGCUGGGCCAGAUCACCCUGAGCUUUGACAAGCUGCACGCCCUGCCUGAGGACCUGUUCCACGGCUUGGACGUGCUGGAGUCCCUCCAGCUGCAGGGCAACCAGCUGCAGACCCUGCCCCGGGGGAUCUUCCAGCCCCUGCGGCACCUGAAGUCCCUCAAUCUGGAGCAGAACCGCCUGGAGUGGCUCCCGGAAGGGCUGCUCGACCCGCUCUCCUGCCUGCGGUCCCUGAGGCUCAGCGACAACAAGCUGUCCCAGGGCCUCCCCCGGGGCACCUUUGCCGCCCUGCGCAGCCUGGAGGAGCUCUUUCUGGACAGCAACGCCAUCUGUGAGCUGCCCCCGGAGCUGUUCUCCGGGCUCUCCCGCCUGGAGCGGCUGUGGCUGCAGCACAACGCCAUCAGCCACCUGCCACCCACCGUCUUCUCCGACCUGGGCAGCCUCACGUCCCUGAGCCUCCAGGGCAACGCGCUGCGGACACUGCCCGCUGGCCUGUUCGCCCACACCCCGCACCUGCUCAGCCUGUCACUGUCCCACAACCAGCUGGCGAGCGUCGUGGAGGGCGCCUUCGCCAACCUGUCCAGCCUCGCGUCCCUCACGCUCUCCCACAACGCCAUCGUGCGGCUCCCUGCCGGGGUCUUCCGGGGCCUGCAGGGGUUGGUCAAGCUGUACCUGGGCAGCAACAACCUGACGGCCUUGCCCGCCGGCCUCUUCUACAACCUGUCCAGCCUCCAGCUGCUCAACCUGUCCCGGAACCAGCUGAGCUCGCUGCCGGAGGGCCUUUUCAACACCAACUACAACCUCUUCAACCUCGCCCUGCACGGCAACCCCUGGCAGUGCGACUGUCACCUGGCCUGGCUCUCCAGCUGGCUGCGCCUUUGGAGCGACCAGCUGCUGCACACCCGCACCUACUGUGCCGGGCCCGCCCACCUGCGCGGCCAGGCGGUGCCCGCCUUGAACGAGGAGCAGCUGGUGUGCGCCGCCUCCGGCCACCCGGGGCUGGACCACAAGGCGGCGGAGGGGGGCUGGGAUGCGGUUCCGGAGAACAAGGCAGCGCGGAGCCGCUGCACCUACAGCAACGCGGAGGGCACCGUGGUGCUCGCCUGUGAGGCAGGCCAGUGUCGCUGGCUCAGCGUCCAGCUGUCUCCCCGGCAGGGCGCGGGCUUCCAGGCCAUGACCUACAAUGCCAGUCAGGGCUGGGACCUGAGGUCCAGCUGUGGCUCUGUGAGGGUCACUGUGUCAGUCGGGGAUCUGGCAGCAGGGCCCUAGGGGACAGAGCCGGGAGCCCGGGCAGGUGGGGGCCGAGGAGCUGAGUCCUGGAAGCUUUGGCGUUUUGCAUCUCCGGGGCUGGGGAGGUGGCGUCUGGUCCCCCCACUUCCGCCCUUACUGCUCUCCUUUUGGAAUCUGAGACUGAUCGAGGCCUCGUGGUGCCUUGUGAACGCCCUUGAGAGCUGUGCCAAGGUCAGGGACAGUGCCCUCACCCCCAGGGGUCCUCUUAUUUAAUCCCGGUCCACUGUCCCCCAUUCGGCAUCCUAGCCAGGAGGGACGGUCGCCACUCUCCCAAUUACACGGCCCGGAGGCUCCACACUUUCGAUGCCCAGUUCAAAAGCCA